GUCGAUGAGGAUGAUUUUCGCGAAGAUUUCAGAUUAGGACAAGAAUUUAGAUCCAAAAUUGGUAUCCCACAAAAUGCAAGCAUAGUUCUAGGUGUUGCAGGAAGACUAGUUAAGGACAAAGGCCAUUCCCUUUUACACGAGGCCUUUUCGGAGCACAAGCUAAAAUACCCCAAUGUCUACUUAAUCGUCGCAGGUUCCGGUCCAUGGCAACAAAGGUACAAAGAUUUAGGACCUCAAUCCAUUGUCCUUGGAUCGAUGAGUCCAUCUGAAUUGCGUGCUUUCUACAAUGCAAUCGACAUUUUUGUUAAUCCGACACUUAGGCCACAAGGGCUUGAUCUUACACUUAUGGAGGCUAUGAUGAGUGGAAAACCAGUUAUGGCAUCAAGAUUUCCUAGUAUUAAAGGGACAAUUGUGGUUAAGGAUGAAUCUGGUUUCAUGUUUUCGCCUAAUGUCGAGUCAUUGUCACAGGCAUUGGAACUAGUUGUGUCUGAAGGCUCAAAUAGGCUAUUGCAGAGAGGAAAAGCAUGUAAAGAAUAUGCAGCUUCCAUGUUUACAGCAAGAAAGAUGGCUUUGGCUUAUGAAAGAUAGUUCCUUUCUAUCAAGAAUGAAACAUUUUGUAUGUAUCCACAAGAAGUUUGAUAUUUUUGUUUGAUCUUUUACCAUAUAGAAUUUGUUAUUCGUAGGAAUAUUACGCAAUAAAUUUGCAUCGAUUUCAAGAUUGA